AAUCAAAAAACGGAGUAUAAAAGAAGCUCCGCUAAUAGCGGACCAAAGAUUUGGUCAUCGGUCAUCGGUCAUCAGUCUCACUACUCGCAUAUGAUAUGGAAGCCAUUCUUCGCUGGUUUCAAGGUCUCUCUUCAUCAUCUUCUUCUUCUUCCGCUGAUCACCGUGCUAUUUCACAAAGCGACGUCGUUCAACAGCCACCAUCAUCGGCAAGUACUGAUGAGCAGCAGGAGGAGGAGUUGAUAAUCACGGUAGAGUUGGACAUGAGUGGGUUGAAGCCCAUCAAGGUGCCUGAAAGGACCAAUCACAGACUGGCCUCUAUGGGCCAUCAUAAGAAUAUGCUUGACAAAGAAUUUUUCACAGAAUAUGGUGAGGCAAGUCAAUAUGAAAUUCAAGAAGUGAUUGGGAAAGGUAGCUAUGGUGUUGUUGCAUCCGCAGUUGAUACUCACACUGGUGAGAAAGUAGCUAUUAAGAAGAUCAAUGAUGUCUUUGAGCAUGUCUCCGAUGCCACAAGAAUUUUAAGAGAAAUUAAGCUCCUUCGGGUGCUACAUCACCCUGAUAUUGUAGAAAUAAAGCAUAUAAUGCUACCCCCUUGCAGACGAGAAUUUAAGGAUAUAUACGUUGUAUUUGAGUUGAUGGAAUCUGACCUUCAUCAAGUUAUAAAGGCAAAUGAUGAUCUCAGUCCUGAGCAUUACCAAUUUUUCUUGUAUCAGCUUCUUCGAGCUCUGAAGUAUAUACAUACAGCAAAUGUUUUCCAUCGAGAUUUAAAGCCAAAAAAUAUACUUGCUAAUUCAGACUGCAAACUGAAAAUUUGUGACUUUGGGCUUGCUCGUGCAGCAUUUAGUGACGCUCCAUCUACCAUUUUUUGGACUGAUUAUGUGGCAACUCGAUGGUACCGUGCUCCUGAACUCUGUGGUUCCUUUUUCUCCAAGUACACCCCUGCUAUUGAUAUCUGGAGCAUAGGGUGCAUAUUUGCAGAAAUGCUAACAGGAAAACCGUUGUUUCCUGGGAAAAAUGUUGNUCACCAAUCAUGUGGGAUAUCUUAAUGACUGCAGAUUCGGAACGAGAAGGCCAGAAGGUAUUUAAGUAGCAUGAAGAAAAAGAAAUCAGUUCCUCUCUCGCAAAAAAUCCCGAAUGCAGAUCCAUUGGCUCUUCGUUUACUUGAGCGUUUGCUUGCAUUUGAUCCUAGAGAUCGUCUUUCUGCUGUAGAGGCACUAGCAGACCCAUAUUUUCAUGGAUUGGCAAAUGUGAACCAGGAACCAUCUAAACAACCCAUUUCUAAGCUCGAGUUUGAGUUUGAAAGGAGUAAAUUGACAAAAGAUGAUGUAAGAGAGCUAAUUUACAGAGAGAUUUUAGAGUAUCAUCCGAAGAUGCUGCAAGAUUACCUUCAAGGGUCAGAUAAUAUUGGCUUCAUGUAUCCAAGUGGGGUUGAUCGGUUUAGACGACAAUUUGCCCAUCUUGAGGCACACUACAGUAAAGGUGAAAGAAGCACUGCACUUCAAAGGAAGCAUGCUUCGUUACCAAGGGAACGAGUAUGCCUGUCCCAGGAUGAGGCUGCGGAGCAAAAUGGUAAUGCUAAGAAGAGUGCUGCAGCUUCAGUGGGUCGUGCAGCUAUUCACAGCCCUCCAAGGUCCAAGGGGUUUGAAGUAGCAGAAUCUGUUUGUGAAAAUGGAUCAACCAUACCGAAUGGCCUCAGUAAGCCAAACUAUAGUCCCAACAGUCUGUUGAAGAGUGCUAGCAUUAGUGCCUCUAAGUGCGUGGCUGCAAACAGACAGUACUGUGAGGAAGAUAGAACGGCAGAGCGAAAUGACGAGAUGAUCAAUGUCGUUGCAUAGAGGAUAGCAGCAGCAUAUCACUGGUAUUAUACUACUGAUAAGAUAGCCUACGAGGGCAUGGCUUCAUUUUGUUGCUGGGCCUAAAGCCAUUUUGUGGGUGCGUGGAUAAUUUAUGACAUUUACCACCGAAUGUUGGUUUUUCUUUUUUGCUUAAGGCUCUAGGCAUAUACCACUCACUUUGGCUGUUAUACUCUUUGUAAACCUAUAUCAUGAUUUGUUCUUAAACCUAUAUUAUUUUAUAUCUGAGAGCUGUUAACUACCUCGACUUUGCUUCAUCC